AGGGUCACGAGGUAACAGUAUCCAAAUUCACGAGAUCCCUUCCAACUGUCUACCUCCAUGCAAAUCCAAACCUGAAAACGACACCGUAUCAGACCUACCCCACCUCCUCCUUGUCCCCAAAAACCAGCGGCGCCACCACUACCACUUCCCUCCAACACAACACUUCAGAUCACCAUCUCUCCCAAGAAAUGUCCAUCACCAAGCACAGCUCUUCAAUGGAGAUCCUCAUCUUCUUUAUACACCUACUCCUCUGCACCACCGUGACUCCUUUAUCGAGCCCCAUCAAGACCAUCGUCGUGCUGGUAAUGGAGAACCGCUCCUUCGACCAUAUGCUCGGUUGGAUGAAACAAAUCAACCCUCAAAUCAACGGCGUCGAUGGUUCUGAAUAUAACCCCAUCUCUCCAUCCGACCCAACCUCCCCUCUCGUCUUCUUCACCAACACCUCCCACUACGUGGACGCCGAUCCACCCCACUCCUUCCAGGCCAUUCGCGAGCAAAUAUUCGGUUCCGACAACGCCUCCGCCGACCAUCCACCAAUGAACGGCUUCGCCCAACAAGCCACCACCACCUCCGCCGCCCCCCAAACCGUCAUGUCCGGCUUCGACCCCUCCAUGGUCGCCGUCUACAAAACCCUCGUCUCGGAGUUCGCCGUCUUCGACAGGUGGUUCGCCUCCGUUCCGGCGUCCACCCAGCCCAACCGCCUCUUCGUCCACUCCGCCACCUCCGCCGGCGCCACCGGCAACAUCCCGACAAUGCUGGCCAAGGGCUACCCCCAGCGAACCAUCUUCGACAAUCUGGACGCCGCAGGAGUUCCAUUCGGAAUAUACUACCAGAAUAUUCCGGCGACACUGUUCUACCAGAGCUUGAGGAAGCUCAAGUAUCUCGACAAAUUCCAUUUCUAUGGUUUGUCCUUUGAGAGGCACGCGCGGGAGGGGAAGCUGCCAGGGUAUACUGUGAUAGAGCAGCGGUACAUGGACACUAAGGUGGAGCCGGGGAACGACGACCAUCCGUCGCACGAUGUGUAUGAGGGACAGAUGUUUGUGAAGGAGGUGUACGAGACACUAAGGGCGAGCCCGCAGUGGAACGAGACUCUGUUGGUGAUCACCUACGACGAGCAUGGCGGAUUUUAUGAUCACGUGCCGACACCGGUCCGAGGGGUGCCGAGCCCGGACGGGAUAGCGGGGCCAGAGCCGUUUCUUUUUGGGUUCGACCGUUUGGGUGUUAGGGUCCCAACCAUCAUGGUCUCACCAUGGAUUGACAAGGGCACUGUUGUUCAUGGGCCUAAUGGAUCACCAUUCCCGACAUCGGAGUAUGAGCAUUCAUCCAUUCCGGCAACUGUGAAGAAGAUCUUCAACCUGAGCUCUCCUUUCCUAACCAAGAGGGACGAAUGGGCUGGCACCUUUGAAGGGAUUGUCCAGACCCGGACCCAACCCAGAACUGAUUGUCCAGAGCAACUUCCAAAACCGAUGAGAAUGAGGAAGGGAGAGGCAAAUGAGAGUGCGAAGCUUAGUGAAUUCCAGGAAGAGCUACUGCAGCUUGCAGCAGUGCUGAAAGGAGACAACAUCCUGACAAGUUACCCAGAAAAGAUUGGAAAGCAAAUGAAUGUGAAGCAAGGGAAGAAGUAUAUGGAAGACGCAGUGAAACAGUUCCUCGAGGCAGGGCUUUCUGCUAAGAGAAUGGGUGUUAAUGAAGAACAAAUUGUCAAAAUGAGGCCAUCCCUCACCACAAGAUCACCAUAACCCUCAACCAAGAACCCAUAACAAGAUACUAUGUGAGAAAGAUGCCAAAAUAUAUGAAAUUGGAACUGUUGUUUUAUGUCCAUAUAAAUGAGGAAGAGAGGGUGUAGAAAGGCAAAAAAGAUGAAAUAAGUAGAGGCAGUACAAUCAUUGUAUUAUUUGACUGUUAAUCAUGUAGGUUUGUUAAUAAAUUUAAUUCAUCACAA